AUGGAUGACAAGGGAACACUCGCCGAGCUUCAGCAGGUGAUUGAGAAAUACAACAAAGAUGACCCUUCGAGUUGGAUGCGACUGGAAGAUGCCCUGGAAAAGGUGCGUCGGGAGUUGGUGCCUCCUCAAAUAUUUACGAUGAAACAGCGACUCCAGACAGUGAACAAUGUUUGCAUUGUAGUAGCGCUUGAGAUGGGCUUGUUUAAGACCCUGGCUGCCAAGGUGGGUAAGAGCCUGACUGCCGAGGACUUGUCGAAGACUACUGGGUAUAAUGCUAGCCUCAUUGCUCGAGUGAUGCGCGUGAUCACCGCCAUCGGUUUCGCAAAUGAGACUGGAUAUCAAACUUACACUGCAAAUGGUUGUACCUUGGCCCAAAACAACCCCGGAAAUAUCGGAGGCCUGAUUAUCUCCAAUGACAUCGUGUUCCCAGUUGCAAGCCGAAUCCGGCAAUACCUCCAACAAAACAAACCUGUGGAUAUCGCCAAGACGCUUCCAGCAUACGACUUCGCGAUGGGAGAGACCAUCUGGCAAACGCUAGCGAAAAACAUCGAAUGGAAAACAGGCUUUGACGACAAUAUGACUGCUCGAAACAAAACACUCUCUGUCCCGUGGCAUUUGAAAUAUCCGGUUGGGGAGAGGCUCGCCGCAGGGUCACUGUCUGCAAAGCCAAUUAUCGUUGAUGUCGGUGGUAAUCAGGGAGUCGAUCUACAGCGCUUUGCUGAUACAUUCCCUGAAUUAGAAUGCGAACUGAUCUUGCAGGACCUACCUGAGACCAUAGCUGGGAUUCCAGGACAGCUUGACUCUAGAAUCAAGCCAACUGCGCAUGACUUUUUCACGGAGCAGACUGCAAAGGACGAUGUCGCCUCUCGCAAGAUCCUUUCCAACAUUGCAAAUGUCAUGCAACCUCAUUCCCGUCUUCUCAUCAAUGAAAUGAUCCUUGCCGAUGUGAAUGAAUCAAUGAUACGGAGCAAUAUGGACAUGCUUAUGCUGUUCUUCACUAACGGGAUGGAACGUACUCAGACACAAUGGAAUGAGUUGUUGGCCACGGUGGAACCACCUCUCGAAUUGGUCCAGGUUUGGUCGGCUACGGGAGAUCAGCAAUGUGUCAUUGAAACCUGUCUGGCAGAGUAG